CAACGAUUCAGUCGCGGUCGACCCGCCACGUUGCGAGCUUUGCUAAGUACGCGUGUGCCUCGAGGUGCCUCUUUCUCUCCUUCGUUUGCCUCUGUUUUUUCUCUCUCUUUUUUUCCUCCCAUAUCUCCACUUAAUUAUCUCCGUCCUUCUAUCGCACGUGUACAUUCUGACAUUCUUCACUUUCUGCCUCUCUUCUCUUCUGUGGAGAAAUCUCUCAUCUCUCUCUUUCCGAUCGAGCUAUCGUUCUUUAAGACAGAUAAUAUAGUCUUAGAAAAGCAAAGACAAAUUUUCUGCCUGUUCAACUCAUACUGACCGAGGAAAAGCGGAACUUGCAAACCGGGGUUUGUUUGACAUAUCUCCAUGGAAAAGGGGAGAGAGAAAAAGAGAAAGAGCGGAGAGGGCGGGAGAGAGAGAUAAUCGCAAAAUCGACUUGGAGGUUCGAAGCUCCAGGUUUGGAGCUUGCGCCGAUUCGUUUUGGAAGCUCGGAUUCGCAUGCGACAGCGCAGCGGAUCUUUCCAAUUUUCUCACAUUGCAAACAUUGCGAGCUCGUCCGGAAUCACGGCCGGAUGCGAGCUCGGAUAAUAAAUCGCUCUCAUGCGUACGAAUCCAAUGUAGUUUGAGUGAACAAAUGUGUCUCGGUCUCGUUCGAAGAGGGAUCGUGACCGUGAAAAGAGGAUGUUAGAAUGUACAAUCGGCGAUUGUCGUGUCGCUUAGCUUGACGCGAACGUGGAAACGAGCGUUUUCAGUCACAUCGACUUCCGUUUACGUCUGAUUCAAGACGAGUGGGACGAGUUGUACGAGUGUGUUUGAGUGUUCCUCAUCCGAGAAACACUCACCGAAUAUUUGUCUCGCAAAAAGGUGAGAAAAGGGGUGCGAAGAUCGUGAGGCCGCCUCAAAAGAUCAACGCAUCCAGAGAUGCUCCUCGAGGGUUGCGCGGUUCAGGGCUGGACGACUCACUCGCGUAAAAGAAAGUGCGUGCUGUCGAUAUGUGACUCGGUGAGCAACAACGCGUCGCGAUAAUGGAGUAGGUAUAAUGGAUUCGGUAGUAGUCGUGAUAACGAAGUCUAUGGUGCACGUGCGCGCGAGUGCCGACAAGUACGAAGGAGUCUUAACAUCGUGAGAAUGUGCUAUGUCUAUGUGAAGGUGCCUGGUGCUUGACAGAACCAAUUUUGUUGGGAAUUGCAAGAGAUCGCAAGUGGAAACUCUUACGAAGAACUUACGUAUCCUCAAAAAUGUGUAUAUGUGAUGGCAUAGUAACAUCGCUAAAAUCUCUCUUACGAGACAUCUCUUCUGGAUAAAACUUCCUCGUAAAUUUCGUAACGCCGUCUACACUGGCAAGUAGCUCAAGGAUAAAACGGCGUCGGAAAAGCGGCGUCUUCUUGCCCGAAUCAAAGAUGAAUGCCUGUGAGGUGCGUCAAUUGGUCGGGACCUCCAUCACCUAAAUCUCUUAAAAUUUUUCGUCGUUGCUCAAAAGGAGACCAAAAGGAGAUACGCUCGGUAGCGGUGAAAACCGCGGUUGGGUGAGCAUGACCGCGAAAACAACGUUCGAUUCGAAGGAAAUCUCCUCGUUUGAUGUGACGUCGUUAUUGGACGUCACCUCGACCGAGGAGAAUCCCUAUGCCAACAAUACCGAAGUGAACGUUGUGGAGAUCAAUUGGCCAGACAUGCCUUCGGCAAUCGUCAAAAUUUGCAUCCUUGGUUCAAUCAUCGCGACGGCGUUGUUUGGUAAUCUGCUGGUGAUGGUAUCCGUGAUACGACACAGAAAGCUACGAAUUAUUACCAACUAUUUCGUAGUCUCGCUAGCGCUGGCGGAUAUGCUGGUGGCGAUGUUCGCGAUGACUUUUAACGCUAGCGUGCAGGUAACCGGCAGGUGGCUUUUUGGCUAUUUCAUGUGCGAUGUCUGGAAUUCGUUAGAUGUUUACUUCAGCACUAGUUCGAUACUCCAUCUGAUGUGUAUCUCAGUCGAUCGAUAUUACGCGAUUGUCAAACCACUCAAGUAUCCCAUUAACAUGACGAAGAGAGUGGUGGCGUUUAUGUUACUGGCCUGCUGGGUGUCGCCGGCCAUCAUUUCUUUCGUGCCGAUCUUCUACGGUUGGUACACCACAGAGGAGAACAGCGUGCAUAGACACAAGCAUCCAGAACUCUGCGAAUUUAAAGUCAACAGAAUAUAUGCUAUAUUAUCAUCGAGCAUAUCCUUCUGGAUACCUUGCACCAUCAUGGCGGUCACAUAUUUUGCUAUAUUCAAAGAAGCUAACAAGCAAGAAAAGCAAAUGCACAGCAGAAUGGGUAACGCCAUGUUGCUCAGUCACAGACCGAGUAAGGAUCUUAAUAAUUUAAACGGUGAAUUGAACAGCGGCGGCUCGUCGAAAACUCUAACUUUAAACGAGAUCAACACUGAGCAUUUACACACACCUACGAAAGAUAAACACAUGAUGAAGAUGAAAAGAGAACACAAAGCGGCAAGAACGCUGAGUAUUAUUAUGGGUACCUUCAUCCUUUGCUGGUUGCCAUUUUUCCUUUGGUAUGUUAUUACAGCUCUUUGUGGCGAGACUUGUCCGUGUCCCAACGUCGUGAUUGCGAUUCUAUUCUGGAUUGGGUACACGAAUUCAGCAUUAAAUCCAUUGAUCUAUGCGUAUUUUAAUCGUGACUUUCGAGAAGCGUUUAAAAAUACUCUGCAGUGCGCUUUCUGUUCGCUCUGUAGACGAGAGCCAUCUGAUCUCGAAGCGCUGGAUUUCCGUCGGCCAUCCCUCAGAUAUGAUGAUCGCACCAAGAGCAUAUACUCAGAAACUUACAUAAAGCAUAUUGAUCGACGAAGAUCAAGUGAGUUUGGCAGCAGUCUUUGAAACGAAACUACGUUCCCAAGGUUCUAAGCAUAAUAUACGAAUGCAAACAUUCUAGCCAUUGCAGUCGCAAAAUUUUUACCAGUUUCGCCGGUGAUUUCAUCAACAUCUCGUAGGCGUCGAUAUUUGGAAAAUAUGUUUUAUAAAUAAUUGAAAGCUUCUUAAAAAU